GUUCAAAUAAAAACUUUGCCAUUUUAUCUGUUUUCAUCCUGUCCGAAAAAAAAGAUUGAGAGAUGAUUUUGAGGUUAUGAAGGCUAAGGCGCAUUUUAUCUUGAUGAUUGGUUCUGGAUGGAAGUGGUUCUUCUUGAUUAAUGACCUAUUUGAGUGAGUCUCAUAGAUCAUCGCAGCUCAAACUGAACAUCAUGGAAGUGAAAUUAGACAUGAAUUGCUCUCAAAAAAUCUCUCUCCAAAGCAUUUUUUUGUUCUUUUCAUUGGCUUUGAUCUCAUUGAAUGUUAUUUUUCAAUUUCAACAACAAUUUCAUUUUCGUUCAUUUUAAUUAAAAAAUUCUUGUAUUUCUCAGAGAUCUCAAAUUAA